AUGCCGCGCGAUCCGAAUACGUUGAGCAAUUACGAUGCGUUCAGGACAAGGCAUACGACGGCGGAGCUGGAGAUUGAUUUUGAGCGGAAGGUGCUGCGGGGGGUGGUGAGGUUAGUGUUGGAGAGCUUGGGGGAGGUUGGGUAUGGGGAGGGGGUGGUUGUGUUGGAUACGAGUUUUCUCGAUAUCAAAGACGUCGAUGUUGAUGACAAGGCUGUGGAAUGGAGCGUGGCGGAGAGGUCGGAGCCGUAUGGGAGUCCGUUGUCUGUUAAGCUGGGCAAGGGGGUGGAGAAGGGGAAGGAGUUUGCUAUCAACGUCAAAUUGAGCACGACGGACAAAUGCACCGCGCUUCAAUGGCUUACGCCCGCCCAAACCUCUAACAAGAAGCACCCGUAUAUGUUCUCCCAAUGUCAAGCCAUCCACGCGCGCUCCGUAUUCCCCUGCCAAGAUACGCCAGACGUCAAAUCCACCUUCUCUUUCAAGAUCCGCUCGUCUCUCCCAGUAGUAGCCAGCGGUCUACCUACCGGCGCCGAAGACUACAAGCCGGGCGAAAAAGGUGCUUCAGGAACUCUCUCCUACACGUUUGAGCAGAAGAACCCCAUCCCUAGCUACCUCUUCGCCAUUGCUGCCGGAGACCUCGCCACGGCCUCCAUUGGCCCUCGCAGCACCGUUGUAACCGGGCCCGAGGAGCUGCAAGCCUGCAAAUGGGAGCUCGAAGGCGACAUGGAGAAGUUCAUGGAAGCCGCCGAGUCCAUCGUCUACCCAUACGCAUGGACGACGUACAACGCGCUCAUCCUACCUGCCUCGUUCCCGUACGGCGGUAUGGAGAAUCCCGUCUUCACUUUUGCGACUCCGACCAUCAUCAGCGGCGACAAGCAGAACAUCGACGUCAUCGCACACGAGCUGAGCCACAGCUGGAGCGGCAAUCUUGUCAGCAACGCAUCUUGGGAGCACUUCUGGCUCAACGAGGGCUGGACGACGUACCUCGAGCGCCGGAUCCAGGCCGCGCUCCACGGCGAGGAAUUCCGUGACUUCAGCGCCAUCAUUGGAUGGAAAGCGCUACAAGACUCCAUCGAGCUGUUUGGCGAGGACCACGAGUUCACGAAGUUGGUUGUUGAUCUGAAGGGCAAAGACCCGGAUGAUGCGUUCUCAUCGAUUCCGUAUGAGAAGGGCUUCGUGUUCUUGUAUUACCUCGAGAAGCAAGUGGGGAAAGAGAAGUGGGAUAAGUUCAUCCCGCACUACUUCACGAAGUAUAAGUUCAAGAGUCUGGACUCGUUUGAUUUCAAGGCUACGUUGUUAGAGUUCUUCGAGAGCGAUAAGGAGGCGGCGAAGAACUUGGAGGAGAUUGACUGGGACACCUGGUUCUACGCCCCCGGCUACCCCCCAAAGCCCGAUUUCGACCAGACCAUGGUAAAAGAGUGCUUCGCCCUCGCCGACAAAUGGGCCUCCUCCACUUCUUCCUCCAGCACUUUCAAGCCUGCCCCCUCCGACAUAUCCCACUGGCUCGCCCAACAAUCCGUCGUCUUUCUCGAGAAGCUGCAAACCCUGCCCCCGCUUCCGGCCUCCUCAAUCGAUACCAUGGGCUCCGUCUACUCCUUCGCCGCCUCCCAGAACGUCGAGCUCGUCGCGCGCUUCUUCGGGCUGGGCCUCAAGGCUCGCGCGGAGAGCGUAUAUAAGCCGACGGCGGAGCUGCUAGGGAAGGUGGGCAGGAUGAAGUUUGUGCGGCCGCUGUAUCGAGGGCUCGUAGAGGUGGAUCGGGAGCUGGCGGUGGAGACGUUUGAGCGGAAUAGGGAGUUUUAUCAUCCGAUUUGUAGGGGGUUGGUGGAGAAGGAUUUAUUUGGGUGGAAGUAG